UGCAACCCGUACACCGGGUAUUUUGCCAUCAACAGCGGGUCAGGGGCACUGAGCUACGCCACUAACUAUGACGUCGAUCCCGCCGGUGGUAUGCCGACGAAGGUUCAGUGUACCGUGAUCGUCACGGAUAGCGGGGGGCUCACCGAUACUGCAAGCGUUACAAUAGCAAUAAACAAUAUCAACGACAACGCGCCCACAUUUUUGCCGGCGUUCUACUCUUACUUUGCCGACGGCGCGGCUCCGGUAUCCACCAACAAGCUGUCUCCGGAUAGCCCGGUAUCGGUAUCCGACGGAGACCUCGGCGCAUUUGGGCAAAUUACAUAUAGCCUCAACCAGUCGUCUCUAGGCGACCAGUACUUUGGAAUCACUCAGAGCGGAGAGAUCUUCGUUACCAAGGCAGUCUCAGUUCUAGGAUACGGCUCCACCGUCAGCUUCGAGGUAGUCGCUACAGACGGGGGCGGUCGGUCGUCAAGGGCAACGGUCAGCGUGGUCGUCAUGGCAACUACAACAACGUCGACCACAACCACAACCGACAGGUACCGGACGUUUUUCGAAGAUUCUAGGAACAUCGCCUGGUUUGUGCCGGCGGUCGCUCUCGCAGCCGCCGGGGUCGGGCUAGUAGCGUACGUGGCCUUAACGUCCAGCAAGUCCACUGGACCGGCGUCUAAAUUGGUUUGCAGAUGCUGCAAGAUCGAGAAGGUAUACCCGAAAGACCGCCGCUAUGACGUCACCAGACGUGAUUCACCAAAAACCGAGCCACAGGCCUUCGAAUUUUGGCACGCUUGAUUUCUUACACGCAUGAUACAGGCAGCACACUGUCAAACAAAAGCUAUCCAUUGACAAUUUUGCUCCAGAAAUAUCGUGUAUUAAUUGACAUUUGAUUUAGUGAUUGAAACCUUUAAUUGAAAUAAUUUAAUGUGUUAAGCGUAGUAUCCACUGUUCCAUGACAUUGAUUGUGUGUCUUGAAAAUACAUUUCAUUUUUACUAUCAAACAAUACAUGUAUAAGAACGUCUAUUAAACAACAUAUGCAACAACAUUUGAAUACUCAACCUAUUCCAUUUGUAUUCAUAUCAUUUUAGCCACGCAUAUAAUGAAAGUGGCAGGUCGUCUCACAAAUGCUUUUUGCUGUAAAGAAAUGUGUGUACUGUUACGUCAUAAAGAAAUGUGUGUACCGUUA